ACGAGAGGAGCCGCACACACUUCGCAACUGUUUAGUUUAAAAAUAGUAAAUGCAACGAACUUAUGUGUGUUUUACGGGCCCACUCUUGAUGACACAGUCUGGCAGUUGAUACAAUGAGCUUGCCAACCGACGGUCUAAACAUGGAGAUCACCCCGACCCCCACCCUGGCUGCCACGAGUCGCGGCGACCUGGAAAAGGUGCUGGCUAUGCUGGUCCUCGGACUCGGGAGUCUUUUGUCCGGAUUACUGCCCGCCUUUAUUUCGGAACGGAAUCGUCGCCGCUUCCCGCUGACCACGUCCCUGCUCCUGUGCUUCGGAGCGGGCAUUCUGCUGGCCACCGCACUGGUGCACAUUCUGCCCGAGGUGCGCGAGCAAAUGGACUCGAAAUUCGCUGAGGUGGCCAUGUGCGGCGGGUUCUUCAUCAUCUACUUUAUCGACGAGUUCAUACACUACUUCUUUGGCGAGGCCAUUCAGCACACUCAUGUCCACGAUGCAGAGACUCCAGCAACCGAGCCUGCAAGACGUCCCACUAAUGGCAAUGGAUAUGGCGCAGUGGACGAACGAGCGCCCCUUUUAUCAGCGGAACCCAAUACGUCACACGGGCAUUCACACCAGCAUAGCCACGAUCAUGACCACGAUCACCCGGUCAGCGCAUCUGGCUGUGAUGAUGCCAGUGUAGAGGACGCCAACGCACGCAUCUGCCAUACCAGCCACACGGAACCCUGCCCCCAAUCCAUGACCGGCACUCUGGGUCUCUUUGUCGCCCUGUCACUGCAUUCGGCCAUCGAAGGACUCGCCAUCGGCGUUCAGAACUCUUCCACAAAGGUUCUGUUUCUUCUAGGGGCCGUCGCCUGCCACAAGUUCGUGAUGGGCUUUUGUCUGGGACUCGAGUUCCGCUCGAAUCCGCAGACGAGUUUUCGCGCCCAGUUCGUCGGCAUUUCGGUAUUUGCCCUGGGCGCCGUCAUUGGCAUUGGCCUGGGCAUGCUUAUCGUGGACGUGCCCGCCGCUUGGUCCAGCAAAACUCUGCCUAUCGUCCAAGCUCUGGCCGGAGGCACACUCUUCUACGUCACCGUCUGCGAGGUGAUACCGCGCGAGAAGGCGCGAUGGCACUCGAACUCAACGCGACGCUGGGCGGGAUUUGCACAGUUCGCAACUGUGCUCGCCGGCUUUGCGACCAUGUGCAUCAUAAACUUUUAUCUAUCUGAUGAGGAUUAGGAAUCUUUUCGUUGAGAAAUCGUUUCAGCGCUGUGAGAAAAUGUGCCGCUUUUUAAACCUAGAACACUUAGGAUAAUAUUAUGGAUUGGCAGCUGUUAAUCUCUUGUGUAAGACUUGUUACUUGUGCAUUUCCAACGAUUCUUGUUUUAGCUAUAUUGCCGAUCUGCCCUAGGAUAAGUAAAAAGUUCAGUCUUCUCGU